CGGGCUCCGCCCAACUAGAUUAUAAGGGGCAUAUCAAUAUAAAUCUAUGGUCAAGCACAUGAUCUGACUUGGAUACACGAGCAGACUUGAUUGAGAGGUUCUGAUUUUUAUAAUGGCUGAUUCAAAAUGUAUGACACUGGGUUACUGGAAUAUUAGAGGACUUGGUCAGUCUAUUCGUCUAAUGCUCAAGUACACGGGAACUGAGUUUAAUAAUGUGCAAUAUGAUGAGCGUAAUGGUGGAUCCUGGUUUGAUGACAAAGAAAAGCUAGGUUUGGACUUUCCAAACCUUCCUUAUCUUAUUGAUGGAGAUGUGAAGAUCACGCAGUCAUUUGCGAUAUUGCGUUACAUUGGACGGAAGCAUAAUCUUUCUGCAAAAUCAGAGAAGGAAAUGGCAUAUCUUGGUAUGCUGGAACAUGUGGCAAUGGACUUCAGGAACGGCUUCGUCAUGUUUGUGUAUAACAAGAAAGAUUUUGAAGAGAAACGUGAUGGGUAUGUGAAGACAGCCAAGGAAAGCGUGCAGAGAUUCUCAGACUAUCUUGGAGACAAGCAGUGGUUCAAUGGCAGUGAGAUGACAUAUGUGGACUUCUUCUUGUACGAGAUCCUCGAUCAUCACCGACUCUUUGAGAAAGGCUUCUUAGACCAUGUCCCCAACAUACAGGCACUCAUGGAACGCUUUGAGGCCCGGCCAGCCAUCAAGGCUUACAUGGAGUCUGAUGAGUUUAUGAAGGAACCCAUCAACGCAUCGUUCUCUGGUUGGCCAGGUGGCAAACACCAAUAGCUGUUGCUACUAGAAACUGAGUAACACGGUACCCUGACUGUAUUUAGAUAUCUAUGAUUAUGUAUUUUUUUGUGGUGAGCCGUAUGCAAUUCUGCAAUUACUUGUGAAUACAUUAUCAGAAAAAAUUUUGGGUAGGGUAUUCCCCUAGACCCCCCCUCUAAAAA